AUGGUUCCUCUCUUUAUUUCUGGGGUAGCUUUGUUGUACAAUAUUCCCAACUUUAAGUCACAACUUAUAUUGAGUAGAAGUGCUGUUGCUGGUAUAUUCUCUGGUGAAAUUCAGUAUUGGAAUGACAACAGAAUACAGCAGACCAAUAGUGAAACAUUACCAAAUCAUCCUAUUCAGCCUAUAGUAAGAUCUACAUCUUCAGGUUCUACAAGUAUAUUUACUUCUUCUCUGUCACAUUUCAGUCCUACCUUAUGGAAAUAUGGUAAAGUUACAAUGUUUCCGAAUAUAACAAGUACCAAUUUUGUUUCAGUUUUAACAAGUCUUGCUGUAACUGAAAGUGUUAUUAAAUUGGAGUAUUCUAUUGGAUAUGGCAGCCCUGCUGAUGCAGCUUUCAUGUCAAUUCCAGUUGCGAAAAUACUUAAUAAGGCAGGAAAUCCUGUAGCUCCAAGCAUUAGCUCAUUCAAAGCUGCUGCUCAGAAUUUUCUAACUGUUGACAAUUAUUUUGUGGAAAUUGUUGAUGGAGACGCAGAAAGCUAUCCUUGUGCAGGUGUGAGCUAUUUUCUUUUUAGAAAAACCCUUUCAAGUUGCGAUAAGAAGAAAUUCAUAUUCAACUUUCUAUCAUGGAUUUAUACAAUUUCAACUCCAUCAACAUCUGACCUGAUAUUUGAGACUAAUUAUUUUGCCCCCAUUCCAAACUCAUAUAAGGAGCACUUGGUUAACAGCAUUGUUAACCAGAUAUCCUGUGGGACACUCACUCUGAGUUCUUUACCACAUUUGGAACAGUUUGGAUAUGCAAUGAUUGCUGUGGGUUCUGUUGCAUUGUCUUUGUGUUUUACGUUGGCAUUGGUUGGUGGUGUGAGAUGUUAUUACGUGAGAAAACACAGGGAAUUGCACAAGAUUAUGAGUUAUAUUGAAGAAGGACCUUCUGGUAAACCCAUUUUGAUAAUGUUUUCAGACAUUCAAAACUCAACCAAAAUAUGGGAGCAUGUCCCAAAAGAGGAUAUGGAUCAUUGUAUAAAGAGGCAUCAUGAAAUUGUGAGGUCGCUUCUUACAGCAUUUAAUGGAUAUGAAGUUAAAACAGAAGGUGAUUCCUUUAUGGUUGCUUUUGGAUCAGUUGUAGAUGCUGUCAAAUGUGUAAAUUUGAUACAUACACGUAUGAUGAAAGAAGAUUGGCCUCCAUCACUAUUAUCAUUCCCAACAAAUGUAGAAACAGUGGACGACGAUGGUCAAAUAAUAUUCAAUGGUUUUAGAGUUAGAAUGGGAUUACAUUUCUUGAGUGAAGGUGAAUACUCUGCACAACUUGAUCCAACUACAAAAAGAACAGAUUACUUUGGACCUGGAGUGAAUUUAGCUGCGAGAAUAGCAGAUAUUGCAUUGGGAGGAUCCACGUUUAUUAGUAAGGAACUAUAUGACAUGUUGGAAAAUAAUUCAAAUAUCGAGGAAGAAUGUGGAAAACUCUUUCUUAAUUCCUAUGGAUAUCAUUCACUUCAGGGUAUCAAGGAAAAAAGAGAAUUAUUCAUGAUGCUUCCAAAUAGUUUAAAAACUAGAGAAGGAAGAUUUAUUCCAAACUCAAAGAUGCAAUCUAAUGGCAGUACCAAUGCCAUACUCCAUUCCAAUGAGAAAAAAUAUUAA